UAGUGCUGUGGGAUGCGUUCGUUUUCGUGCGGACACAAAGAGGAGUUCACAGAACCUGCUGCUGGACUCCAGCGCUCCAGCGGAGCACAACAAAAAGCUAGUGUCAUGCUGGCGGAAGAGGGCGCAGUGGUCAGACAGAAUGGCUCCGGAGAACCGGCCAAAGGACAAGCAGCAUGGGAGGACGCACGGGCAGCAGCCAGAAGAACAGGCAAAAUCAGCUGGGAAAAGGAAACGAGGCUGGGAAGAAACAGAGAAUGAGCCACAAGCAAAGAGGUUGUUUAUGAGAAAAACAUCCAAACCCCCAGAGAAAAUCGGUUGGAAUAGAGGUGGAUCCAUGAUCAGAAACACCAGAGUCCUUCUGCAUCAGCUGGAGAGGCAGUGCAGCAUUGUCCACUAUGUCUACCAGAACAUGCUGGGAGGCUCCAUUCGGGCACAACUCAGGCAGUGUCUGCAGUUGCCAUUUCUGCGUUCUCUCACCUCAUACCGCCUUUUUCGAACAGCAAGUCCCUUUGACAGGAGAGUGACUUGCCUGGAAUGGCAUCCAACACACCCCAGCACUGUAGCUGUCGGUUCCAAAGGUGGAGACAUCAUCCUUUGGGACUAUGAAGUACUUAAUAAAACCUGCUUCAUUAAAGGGAUGGGAGCUGGAGGGACCAUCACAGGAAUGAAGUUUAACCCUUUUAACCCUAGUCAGCUGUACACAUCGUCAGUUGCCGGCACUACCACUCUGCAGGAUUUUAAUGGCAAUACUCUCCGGGUCUUCACCAGCACCGAGGACUGGGAUUGCUGGUACUGCAGUGUUGAUGUGUCUGCAAGCUGCCGUGCUGUGGUGACAGGCGAUAAUGUAGGCAACGUGGUCCUGCUCAGCACUUCUGGUGAAGAGAUUUGGAAGCUGAAAUUACACAAGAAGAAAGUGACUCAUGUGGAGUUUAACUCUCGAUGUGAGUGGUUGUUGGCCACAGCCUCUGUGGACCAGACAGUCAAAAUCUGGGACCUGAGGAACAUCAAAGACAAAACAAAUUUUCUUCAUGUACUUCCACAUGACAAACCUGUCAAUGCAGCUUACUUUAGCCCGACAGAUGGUGCCAAGCUCCUGACCACAGACCAGCGCAGUGAAAUCAGGGUUUACUCAUCUUCAGACUGGACCAAGCCACAGCAUCUGAUCCCACAUCCACAUCGGCAGUUCCAGCACCUCACACCUAUCAAGGCAACGUGGCACCCUCGCUAUGACCUCAUUGUAGCAGGUCGCUACCCAGACCCUAAUUUCCCAGGGUAUACAGUGAAUGAGCUACGGAGUGUGGAUAUAUUUGAUGGCAACACUGGAGAGAUGGUGUGUCAGCUCCAUGACCCAAAUGCAUCUGGUAUAAUCUCGCUCAAUAAAUUUAACCCAAUGGGAGACACACUGGCCUCUGGCAUGGGCUUUAAUAUUUUGAUCUGGAGCCGGGAGGAGAUGGUGGCCAAGAAGCAAGAACAUCUUUUGAAAGCCAUGACAGAACAGGGGAUUGGAAGCCAGAGUUUGUCCAGACGUGGAGGGCAAAGGCAGGCAAACCCUGGGACAAGUAAACUCAAAACUAAGUUACUGUCUUGGGAAGUGGAGGAGGCAAAAACAAAGAGCAAAGAUUCCAAGCCACAGGGAAGGAAACGAAAAGGGAAGGAUCUAGAGAACUGAUUUAGUAGUUUGGUCCUUUCUGGAUCACAGAGGACAAGUUCAGUGCUAUCAAUGGGCAGCAUAAGCUCUGCAGGGCAUUAACCUUACACUUUGUCCUUCCUCUCUGGAUCUGAUCUUACUUCCCUGAUUCCCUUUGCUUCCCCUUCUAGUGAGUUGUAUUGGCACUCAGUUCCUCCUCCAGGCAAGGUUACCACCCAUUUUCUGAGGCAUUAGGGAAACUUCAGGCCAUGGAGAGAUGUUACCAGAUCCUGCAGAGGUUAAUGCUUCCAGCCUGUGACAGCUGCUUGUCAUCACUCUGUUGGAGGUUACCAUUUCCUGUAGUGUGCUGUGGAGCAGCUCAUGACAGGAUCCCCAGCUCGUUUUAGUCAAACCAAGCUGAUAAAGCCUUUGCUGACCAGGUUCACAUUCUGAAAAGGUUGAAUGUUCAUUGGGCAGAGGUAAGGGGUAGCUUGGGUGACCUAGGGAACAGCGACCACCUCUUCAGUAUGCAAGGUCUUGGCAGACUGUGUAACUGUCAAAAACCCCAGACUUAGCCUAUGCUGUGCUUGCAGCUACUUAACUAGACCGUGAGGCAUAGUACGAUGCCAGAGCUCUUUAUCUAUCUGCCUCAUGGGAUGCAGGGGCAAUACUGAGCUGAGACCCUAGUGAUUCUGUAGUUUUUAUUUUCAGAGUUCUUCUCUUUCUUGGCACACAUUAGGUAAUUUUUUUCAUCUAUGCCUAUGUGCUUCAGAAUGUUGUAGAGGAGUGUUUUUGAAGCAAAAAUUAGGAGUUUCUUCCAAAUAUUCUUUCUCAGAGCCAAAUCUCAAGAUUGCUGUUAAAAGUUUUGCUUUUUUCUAGAUUGUUUACAAAGCUGGGGCUUUGCUGCUGUCCCAGAGGUUGAUGGAUGGGACCAGGCUCCAAAACUGCUCAGAUUCUAUGUUCACUUUUAUAGUUUUACAGUAUUGGCAUUAAUAAAGUUUUGUACUAAACUGAAA